AUGAACGUCAUGAAGACAACCACCACCACUACAACGAAGACACUGUUUCGAUGCUUGUUGUUAGCAUCUAUCUUGGGAGUGACCAAUGGCUGGAGUACAUUCGGCAGUAAGGCUCGUUCCGAAACCGAACUUGCCUUUUUACAAGGAGCCAGCCCCGAGGAAGCCGCAGUUGCGAGACACGAACCGGUCAUUGUGCACACGGAUACGGACGAAGCGGAGCGUUUCUGGGCCGAUGCACAUGUCGAGUGGACCAUGAUGAAUACCGUCAAGAAUGACCAUCCAUUUGUCGGUCCACCCUUUGACCUCGAAGGACGGCGUACCACAACACCACACGCCGCAUCCGCAAGAAUGAGAACACCUCGGGAAUCCCAUUUCUUGUUCACGGCCAUGGACUCUUCCAAGAAACUGAUUGUCCAAAAGAAAGACGAAGACGAGUGUAUGGGUCGUUGGAGCGCGUGGGACUAG